AUGGCUCUUGGAGCCGUGAUUAAUCCGCUUGUGAGGCGGGACAGCAUUCUGAGCUCAAACAAUGAUCCUAAUAUAGGCUCUUCACGGGGCAAUGCCUCUUCAACAAGCUCCGAUGUAAUUGGAGAUCUUGGGCUUGGUGGAGGGUCAACAUCUCUUUCUGCGUUUUUGACAACAUUGAUCCCUGCGUUGGUGAUCGCGGCCUUCUGGUUUGGCUUGUUCUUGAUCUGCCGACGGACUCAGCUGCGGUGUGAGAGAGCUCCACGCUUGCCGUCGGGAUUUAUCAACUGGUUUGGGGAGUUCUUUAGAAUUAACGACGCCCAGGUACUUCAUAACUCGUCUAUGGACGGUUAUCUGUUCUUGCGAUUCUUGCGUGUAUUAUCUGCGACUUGUUUCACAGGUUGUGUAAUCACCUGGCCUGUUCUGCUGCCUAUACAUGCCACAGGGGGCGCUGGAAACACACAACUUGAUGCGCUCAGUUUCAGCAAUGUCACAAAUCCCAGGUGUUAUUACGCCCACGCCGUCAUGGCAUGUGUCUUCUUCACAUUCGUGUUCUUCGUCAUCACACGGGAGAGUAUUUUCUAUGCAAACUUGCGACAAGCGUAUCUUAACUCCCCUGCUUAUGCGCGACGUAUAUCAUCCAAAACAGUGUUGUUCAUGUCAGUGCCAGACGAAUAUAAGAAGGAGGAAACUCUGCGUCAAGUCUUCGGACAAUCGAUCCGGCGUAUGUGGAUUACGUCUGAUUGCAAGAGACUGGACAGUAAAGUGCAGCAGAGGGACAAACUAGCUUAUAAGCUGGAAAGUGCCGAAACACGACUCAUCAGGGCGGCAAACUCAAAUCGUCUGAAGGCCAUCAGAAAAGGAACUCCAAUCUCAAUGUCCUGCUUGAAUGCCGAUGCCUGUCAUGACUGUGAAGCUGACACGUCUGGCUGGUAUCAUGGCGUGAGAAGGCCGACUCAUCGUCCCAAAUUCUUCGGCAAGAAAGUUGAUACGAUACGGUUGUUGCGGUCCGAGCUUGUCAAGGUCAUCGAAGAGGUCAAUGAUCUUCAAAAGAAGCACAGGAAUGGGGAAAUGAAGAACCUCUCAGCAGUUUUCAUUGAGUUUCACACGCAGAACGAUGCGCAAAUUGCCCUACAAACCUUGUCUCAUCAUCAGCCGCUGCACAUGACCCCACGUUUCAUUGGCAUUUCACCCAAUGAGGUGGUCUGGUCCGCAUUGAAUCUGAGUUGGUGGCAGCGUAUUGGGCGCAGAUUCUUGGUUCAAGGCGGUUUAGCAGCACUGGUGAUAUUUUGGUCCAUCCCAGCCGCCUUCGUUGGUACACUCUCGAAUAUCACUUCUCUCACCAAUCUCGUGCCAUUUUUGGGAUUCAUCAACAAGCUACCGGAUGUGAUUCUUGGUCUCAUCUCGGGACUGCUGCCGUCCGCUGCCCUAGCUAUGCUAAUGUCACUUGUGCCUGUCAUUUGUCGAGCAUGUGCCAGAUGUGCAGGCGUGCCUUCUAAUGCCCGAGUUGAGCUUUUCACUCAGAGCGCACAUUUCUGCUUCCAAGUAGUUCAAGUCUUUCUUGUCACCACGUUGACAUCUGCUGCAUCGGCGGCGACUGCGCAAAUUAUCCAAAAUCCGCUAUCGGCCAAGGAUUUACUGGCUAAGAACUUGCCGAAAGCUACCAACUUCUAUAUCUCAUAUUUUCUCCUUCAGGGCCUAACAAUGAGCUCCAUGGCAGUUGUGCAAGUCGCUGGAGCCGUUGUGUUUAAAUUUAUCACGACCUUCCUCGACCGCACACCGCGCCGUCUAUACCAACGAUGGGCUACGCUUAGUGGCCUUAGCUGGGGAAACGUCUUUCCAGUAUUUACGAACAUGGGCGUUAUUGCCCUCACGUACUCCUGCAUCGCCCCUCUAAUUCUCGGGUUCGCAUUUGUAGGCCUCUACCUCGUCUACCAAGCCUACCGCUACAACUUCCUUUUCGUUUAUGAUCUUCGUAUCGACACCAAGGGUCUUGUCUACCCCCGAGCCCUGCAACACCUGAUGACAGGUCUCUACUUAGCCGACAUCUGCUUGAUCGGCCUCUUCGCCAUCAAAGGCGCGAUCGGGCCCCUGAUAAUCAUGGUCAUAUACUUGAUCCUCACCGUCCUAGCCCACAUGUCCCUCAACGAAGCCCUAGCCCCGCUCAACUCCUUCCUGCCCCGCACCCUGGACGUAGAAGAAUCGGCUCAGCUUGCCAAAGAGGAAGCCUCCGCGGCGUCUACACCUCUCGACACGAAUCACCCUCAUCUGAAAAUCAAGAGCAGGUGGCAAUCUGUGUGGAGCUGGUUCCACCCGAACCUCUACCGCGACUACGCCGCCAUUCGAGGCAAGGUACCCCGCGACCACAUGGAGAUUCGGUACUCCGAGGAGGAGCAGAAUAACGCGUACUUUGAGCCGUGCAUUACCUCCCGGACGCCGACAGUAUGGAUUCCCCGGGACAGGUGGGGCUUCAGUGAGCAGGAGGUGGUAGAUACGGACCCUCUCAUCCCGAUUACCAACGAGGGGGCGCACCUGAGUGAGAAGAAUAAAAUUGUUUGGGAUAAGUUCGAUCCGAAGCUGCCGUUAUGGGAGUUGAAGAUCUUGUAUUGA